UAAAGUUUUUGGUGGCCCGAUUUAUCGAGAGAGUCCAGCUACACCGAAUGUAGUCACUACAAUAGAUUCUUAAUUGGAUCGCUAAAAAGGAAGAAAGAAAUGCGUGAAUCCCGUUCAUUCCUCGGUGGCCUUCAUGAAUGUUAGAGUUUUCCAUAACUAUAAAUACUAAUUUCUACUCUUGGUCAUUCUAUUUCUCUCUCUGGCUGUGAAUGGAGACAGUGAUGCAGAAUGAAACUGAUAACGGCGUUGUAUCAACUGGAUCGUCUCUGAUAUUUCUAGGUACGGGCUGCUCCAGCGCCCUCCCAAACACAUUGUGCCUUAUUCGGCCUUCAGAUCCUCCUUGCAACGUCUGCUACCCAGCGCUGUCUCUCCCGCCUCACCUUAAUCCUAAUUACAGGUGUAACACUUCUCUUCUAAUUGAUUACUGUGAGAGUCAGAGUGAUGAUAAACACAGCUACAUUUUAAUUGAUGUUGGCAAGACCUUCAGGGAGCAAGUUCUUCGCUGGUUUACCUUCCAUAAAAUUCCUCGAGUCGAUUCUAUUAUUUUGACUCAUGAACAUGCUGAUGCAGUUCUUGGUCUGGAUGAUAUUCGUGCUGUGCAACCAUAUAGCGCCACGAAUGAUAUUGACCCGACACCUGUUUAUUUAACUCAGUUUGCAAUGGAGAGUGUUUCAGUGAAAUUUCCAUAUUUGGUUCGGAAGAAACUGAAAGAAGGCCAAGAAAUUAGACGGGUGGCACAAGUUGACUGGAAGAUAAUUGAGGAACAAUGUGACAAGCCUUUUGUUGCUUCUGGCCUAAAAUUUUUUCCCCUUCCAGUGAUGCAUGGGGAAGAUUAUGUCUCCUUGGGCUUUCUCUUUGGUGAAAAAUGUACAGUUGCAUAUAUAUCUGAUAUUUCACGCUUUCCUUCAAGCACAGAGUAUGUAAUUUCGAAAUCUGGUGCUGGGCAAUUGGAUCUUCUUAUCUUGGAUACAUUGUAUAAGACUGGAUCCCAUAAUACUCACUUCUGCUUUCCACAGACUCUUGAAGCUGUGAAAAGGUUAUGUCCUAAGCGGGCUCUGUUAGUUGGAAUGACUCACGAAUUUGAUCACCACAAGGACAAUGAUUUUCUUGUAGAAUGGUCCAAAAGGGAAGGAAUCCCGGUGCAGCUUGCACAUGAUGGUUUGAGAAUCCCCAUAGAUCUAUGAUGAGGUCAAUAUGAAGUAAAGGCUAGAAGUAUACUUUUUUCACCCCAUUUGAUGGGAAGAAGUGAAGCAUAAAAUUUUUUAGUCAUUUUUAAUGUCAGCAUUCAAUUAUUUUAGGUUAUAUCGACUAUCAACUUUAUAGAGAAACAUAAAAAAUUAUCAUUAUUAUUAAUAGACAAUUUUUUUUCUAUUGAAAAUGUUAGGAUGAAAGAGAUUAAAUUAUGAAAUGUUAUGUCUUAUAGAUAUUGUUUUGUUUGUCUGCCUAGUUCAGUGACUGGUUUGGUAUAAAUGUUGAAUCG